CAAGAGGAGGGAGCACAGACUGAGAAUUUUACUGCCCCAUCCUCUCUGCAGGACACCAGACUCUCGGCUCCACGGAAAACAUGAAGGGUUUGAAGACGAUCACAAUCACUUAUGUACUCACCCUUUUGCUGCUGGCCUCCUUCAUCUCACAGUCAUGGAGUGCACCAAAGGGAUCUUUCCAGCGGAGAAACUGGACCCCACAGGCGAUGCUGUACCUAAAGGGAACUCAGGGACGCAGGUUCAUCUCAGAGGACAGAAAAGAAGGAGACGUCUAUGACACGUUACACUUAGAGACUCGCAGUCAGAACACGGAGAAGCUGAGUGUGGAUCAGGCCGCCACCGUGCUGCUCAACUUUCUGCAGCAAGCCAAAGAGGGAGCUGAUGAAAACCAGGACGAGGUUUACUUCCAGGAGCUGCCAGUGUGGAAGAGAGAAUAUUUCUGA